GAAUUAAAAAAAAACUUGAGAUUUUUGCCCUGAAUUAUUCACAAUGUUUAGAUUUUUUGCAGCAGAACAGACUUAAUCAAAUUACUGAUGUGUUGUCAACUGGUUGGCAUAAUCAUUUUCCCCCUCAUUCAAAAUUUUACACACAUUUUAACUUGUACAACUUACAUUUUUGAAUUGCCAAAAGUGCAAGACAGGGCUGAAAUGGUUUAGACUUUAAUUGAAAAUAUUUAAAUUGCAGGCUGAAGUUGGCCCAAUGGAGUGGAAGUGCAAGUUGUGUUCUGCAACUUCAAAUACCCGGGGACAAUUAUUUUGGCACUAUACUGUACUGCAUAGCCAAUAUUCAAGAGUGUCCCCCCUGCCAUGUCUCUAUGACAGUUGCAUUUGUACUUUUCCAUCAUUUGAAGCGAUGAAACGUCAUCUGUCAAGAUCUCAUAAUGAUUCAUGUAGAGUAGAUGCAACUGAAGGAGCAUGUGUUUUUUUUACAUGUCCUUUGUGUAACUUCAAGCAGCCCUUUUCUGAGGAAAUUCUAUUUGGUCAUUUGAGAAGUCAUUUACGAAGUCAUGAGAUGGUAGCAUGCCCAUUCAAUAACUGUAAUUACAGAACAAAUAGCUACUCAGCGUUUAAUGCACACAAAAGUAGAAAACAUGGUUUUGAUUCAGACUUUGGUGAAUGUGUUGUAUUGGCAGACAAUGAUAGUGCCCCAGUUGUUGUUGCAGCAGAAAGUCUUGGGAAACCUGCUGAAAGUCACAGUGCAGGGUCUGCAGACACAUUUGAUCUUGAUGAGGAACCAAAAGAUGGCUGCUGCCCAGAAGCAUGUGCUGCGUGUGUAUGUUGCACGAGACACCGCCCUGAAGCUUACUCUACUUGAGCGACCAAAGUCAGUGGAGGAGCUGAAAGAAAUAAUGCAAGAGAGGUUCAAGCCGAGACUGGAUGGGGACUUUAGCCUGCACUAUGAGGAUCCGGACUUUGAUGGUGAUCUUUGUCUUCUUGUGGACAUCCAGGAGUUACCAGAGAAGGGCACAUUGAGAGUCGUCAGACCUGAAGGUGACACCUCAUCUACUGCAUCUUCUGACACAGACCUACUCCCACAUGUACCUGCGUUACAGCGCCAGAAGAGUUGGCCUGAUCACUUUGUUGUUCCUGGUUUUGGUUAUGAAAUCGAGCAUAUACUAGAAGAAGGAAAUCGUGUUUAUGAAGAAUCAGGACAAUUGCUGAAGUUAAAGAGGUCACAGAAGAGUGAAAUCCUUAAAAAAAUGGAAGAAACAAUCUACAGUUUUAAACCAUACCCACAUGAAAAGGAAUUGGCAAUGGCUGCUCAAGCUUUGAUUACAGCUCAUCCAUGUCUCAGAAUGACGGCUGGUGAAGAUGGGGAGUUGGGAUGGAAACGUCACGUAGGGUACAAGGUUGCGUCUUACCGUCACAAUCUGGCCAAAGCUGGGGUUGCAGAAGUGGCCGUCAACAUAGGGAAGUGGAGCCGAAACAACCCUGACAAUGAUCACCCCCAUCAAAACAUAAAGAAAGCUCGAAAAGCUGAGGUCAACUACCUCAUCAACCUACCGAAGGAUCAAACCCCAGCCACUCUGGAAACAUUGAGAGAAGAAAUCAUACAUGAAGUCGAAAAGACUGAGCAAAACCAAUUAGUCAUAGGCAAGCUCAUGAACACAACCUAUGCCCUUCGUCGCCAAGAAAUCGUUGGAGUUCUUGUAGCUCCUCAGGUGAGAGACGUCGUGGACAGAUGGCCAGCCCUACUUAUGGAGUCACAGGUGUUUGCAGAGUUCCACCGAAUCAACAACGUUAACCUGCGCAAUCAAUUCUACAAGGAGCUGGACAGACACACGCCUAAACUCAUCACCUUGUUCAGAGACAAGGCCACCAAGACUGGCAAGAUAGCGGAGGAGCUAGCCAAGCUCAUGAGGAUUUAUGACCUUCAGGAAAAACCUGAUGUAAAUACGAGACAGGCCCUCGUCCUUCGUGCACUUCCUGUGUACCUGCGUGAAGAUGCCUCCAAGUUCUUCAGGACCUGUAAUUCAGCAGAUGGUCCAGACCUCACUGACACUCCUGUGGCUCUCCUGACAGUCGCCACAGAUGACACUACUGAUGCGGCCCUCUUCAGCCCUGAGAGCAUCUGUAUUGUCGUGGAGGAUGAAAUACUUGUGAGUGGUCCCACAAAUCUGGCUGACUCAUUUCUACUGCUCUUUGGGUACGUCUAUGCACUAGACCUACAGUACCCAAAGAAUCUCGAGCUUACAUUCACAUUUAUCCAAAAAGUUGUGAUGUGUCUUGAGGACAACAAACCACUGAAAGGGCGUCUGCUGACGCUGAAGAAUGAUUUGUUCAAUGAGUGAAUCACUCAGAAUGGACUAUUUGUUGACCUGAGUAUUGAGGAAGUUUUUUGUUUUUUUUCCCUCUUUACAAAUGUAUGUUUGCCUGUUCUACCUCAGAUUUAAGAUGUGACCGUUUGCCUGUUCUACCUCAGAUUUAAGAUGUGACCGUUUGCCUGUUCUACCUCAGAUUUAAGAUGCCUUUUAAAAAGCACAUGUUGAAUAAAAAAAGUUGUUAAAUUGUCA